UUCAUUUAAUUAACAAAUAUAUUUUUAAAUGAAUUUCUCUGUGCCAGGCACUAAGGUCGGCACUGGAGGUGUAAUGAAAUCGGAGUUCCACCUUCUGAGACUGUCAAACGAGGCACAGGGACUGAAGAUAAUGAUGUAGUACAACUAGGAAAUCUCAGAGGGUUGUGGGAGCUCAGGUGAGACACUGAAAGUACCUGGUCUGAGGUACUUUGUGUACUAGGCUUCCUGAUAAAUAUAUUCCAGCCGAGAGAGUGUAAACGUUCAGGGAGGUGGACAGAGGUUCUGGAAGUUCACCAGGCUAGAUCACAGUGGGGGCAUAUGUGGGGCAAGAGCUUCAGGUGGUUUAAACUUGCUCCUGAGAGCAAGUGUGAACUUUGGAGAGAGGGGACCCACGGGGAACUUGGGCUCCUAGAGCGCCACCUCCUGGAAAACAGCCCCGCUUGGUGCCAUGUAGUCAGGGCCCCGCGCGUUAUUAGCUGGAAUAGAUUUAGAGUUCCUCAGGGAGUUGGAUCUGGGUCUCCACGGCGAUUCCGAACGUUCCUGAGCUGUCCUACCUGAAGGGUUCCAGGGAAACCGGCCCUGCCGGGGCGUGACCCAGCCGGCUCGGGUGCGGCCGCCCCGGAAGUGACGUGAUGCCCCGCUGGCCGUGCGGAAGUGGAGAUGGCGGAGCUGUACGUGAAGCCGGGCAACAAAGAGCGCGGCUGGAACGAUCCACCGCAGUUCUCAUACGGGCUGCAGACCCAGGCUGGCGGACCCAAGCGUGCGCCCCUCACCAAGAGGGUCGCCGCUCCCCAGGAUGGAUCCCCCAGAGUCCCCACCUCAGAGACAUCUCCUGGGGCCCCCCCAGUGGGGCCUCCACCUCUUUCAAGUAAGGCUGCCAGACCCCCAGUUGUGGGGAGCUGUCUUCCCUCCAGCAUGGAGUCCACAAAUUUCCCAGUCGUUGAGUGUGAGAUUCUGCUGGAAGAUGUACUGAGGCCUUUGGAACAGGCAUUGGAGGACUGCCGUGGCCACACAAAGAAGCAGGUAUGUGAUGACAUCAGCCGGCGCCUGGCUCUUCUGCAGGAACAGUGGGCUGGAGGGAAGCUGUCAAUGCCUGUGAAGAAGAGGAUGGCUCUGCUGGUGCAAGAACUUUCAAGCCACCAGUGGGAUGCAGCAGAUGACAUCCACCGCUCACUGAUGGUUGACCAUGUGACUGAGGUCAGUCAGUGGAUGGUGGGAGUUAAAAGGUUAAUUGCGGAAAAGAGGAGUCUGUCUUCAGAGGAGGAGGCCAAUGAAGAGAAGCCUAUAGCCACAGCUGAGCAGAACCAGGCUGUACCAGGCAUCUAACAUGAUCCAUAAUCCUGUGGGUUCCCCACACUCAUCUCACACCAUCUCUUAUGUCUUGACAUGGAAGGCCUUCUCUAACUUGGCUCCCUUUUAGCACUUGGGAGACUGUCUGCCCCAUGGGGUCUUUGGCCUGACCCAUCUCUGGGGGAAGAGGUCCCACCUGGACCACAGGGAGGUUGCUUGUUACCCAUACCAUAUGCAUUUCAAUAAAAACAUCUCAAUGUGGUGGGCCCUGGG